AUGUUCCGGAGUAGCCGAAGCCCACUGCAAAACGAGACAGAGUGCAUUCGACAGCAUACAAAGUUGCACGCGAAAAAGUCCGUGGAAAAAAGAAACGUGAAAAUUUUAUCACUGAAAUUCAAUUGCAAUCAGCUGAAUUUACGCAUACAGAGCCUGCAGUUUGCAGUUUGUUUUCUUGGUCGUGUAUCAUUUGUUUAUCGUAUGUCCAUCCAGAAUCUAAAUACAUUCGACCCCUUUGCAGAUGCAAUCAAGGGUGCUGAUGAAAAUGUGCAAGACGGACUUGUACAUAUAAGAAUUCAACAGAGGAAUGGUCGCAAGACACUAACUACUGUUCAAGGGCUUUCCUCGGAGUAUGACCUGAAGAAGAUUGUGCGAACAUGUAAAAAGGAAUUUGCGUGCAAUGGGACUGUAAUUGAGCACCCAGAGUACGGUGAAGUGUUGCAACUGCAAGGUGACCAGCGUGAAAAUAUUUGUCGCUGGCUUACUAAAUCCGGGCUCGCCAAGGCGGAGCAGCUCAAAGUGCACGGAUUCUAAAGGAGAAGUAAAAGGCGCAAAGGAAAAAAAAAAGAAAGUAAAGUAACGAAGAAAAGCUUGAAAAAAAAACACAGGACAACGUUGGAGAUUUGAAGAAGGAUAAACAAAGGAGAUUCAAUACUGACUAAAGCAAAAAAAAAAAUAAAAGAAAGAAAAACAAGAAAAUCUCAGAAGGAAGCUGAAUGCAAGAUAGUUAGCAAAAAAAAGAAGAAAUUAAAGAGGAGAAAAUAUAGCGAAAAAAGAAAAAAGAGAAACAAGUGACGUCAACAAUUAUCAAUUUAAUGCCGAAAGCAGCGAGAGGUGGCAGCAAAGGGGGCGGACGUGGAAAUUUUCCGUAAUUUGAGUUCAAAUGCAGAAUUAAGUAAUAACAAAAAAACUUUUAUUUUAAUGAGACAGAUUAUUAAUUGAAAAAACAAAGAAAUAUUUUGCAAAAUUCAUAAUACAAAAAAUCCUUUGAAGAAAAAAAAAUAAACGAAACUUGUUCAAAUGUAAUUUCUCCCUAAAUAUUUUUUGGGCAAACUAAAAGAAGAAAAAAAAACAUAAAUAAAAUAAAAACUCAAUGAUUCUCCAUUAAAAAAAAUUUACAGUAUCAAGUUGAAAUAUUAUAAUAACGGAAUAAUAAAAAAAAACAGAAUGAUAUUCUUUAAACUUUUUCAUAAUUAAAUGUAAAAGGAAAGAUAAUAGAUUUUAGUAGACAAUUUUCCCUUUCUCUGUGUUAAAGAAAACGUUAAAAAAAAGAAGAAGAAAAAAGUUGAAAGGACAAGAAAGUGCGAAACUUUCUUUUUGACUUUGUAACGAGAUUUAAUUUUUUUUUGUUUUUAUAUUAAACAAGAAACAUUUCUGUGAGAUAAUGAAAAUCACGUGGAAUUUACUGAGAUGACACUUGAUGGAAUAAGCUUGAAAAAGAUAAAAAAAGGAAAAAUAAAUCAGUCAUCAAGGUAUAUUUUUUAGGAAAAAUAGAAUCUUAAAGCGAAAACGCGUUAUCAAAUAUAAAAUCCGCAAAAGGAAGGAAGGAAGAAAAGCCGCUAGACGAAAAAGAAUGUAAAUGGAUUUAUCUCAAUGCACAGUCAAUUGUUUGCAUUAAGAAAUGUAUCUUGGAGCAAUUGAUGUUUUCAGAGAGUGUGGAUAUUUGUUUUUCUCAGUCACACACCAAUCAAAUUUAGGACAAUUUUUCCUCUUUAUAUUCCUUUUUUUAAUUUGAGAAUGCCCUAAUUUUUUUCUACAAUUUUUUUUUGAAACAUUUCACUGGAAAACUAAUUUACAACUGAAUAAACUAUAGAUGGAAAGCUUACCUUAAAAAAAA